AUGGAUCUGUGGCCUCGUUCUAUGAACCGUAUGAUGGACGACUACUUCCGUGAUCUCGAUCGUUUUGAGAGAAGCCUUUUCCCGUAUUGGAGAAAUGCAGAUCAGUCGAUGUUGCACGUCGCAAAUGAAGCCCAGCAGAUGGUCAACGAUGAUAGCAAAUUUGCUGUAACGCUUGAUGUAUCCCAAUUUCGCCCCGAAGAACUGAAGGUUCACCUAGAAGGGAAGGUGCUGACUGUCGAGGGAAAACAUCAACACAAGGAUGACACAAGUUCCUUGGAAAGAUCAUUCGUUCGAAAGUGGACGUUGCCGGAAAACGUAGAUCUGGAGGCACUCCGUACCCAGCUAAACGAUGCUGGACAUCUCUCCGUCGAGGCACCGAAGGUUGGUCAUCCUGCUGCUCAGAUGCGCUCUAUCCCAAUAGAGCGCGUUCCAUCGCAGCUUUAA